CCAUACUUCCAAGAGCAUUUUUCGGGGCGAGUUUACAUUUUGCGGAUAAUUGUGGAAAAAGCGGUAAAAGAACGUGCAAACACGAACCGAAAAAUCGCUGCCUAAAUGUGGUCACCACGUGCGAUAAGAACGCCACGUUUAAAACGCUGAAACCAUCAAUACCUGGCCGAAAAAAGAGCGGUUCUUUGGCUAAGGGCGAGCGAAGAAAAUUAAGUGUGGUGGGAAUCGGAAUCGGGAUUCUACGCAUUGUACGGCAUAUCAGCUGCAGAAGAUUGUGUGCACCCCAAGCGAAGCAGGCGAAACCAAAACAAAACAAAAUCGUUUGGCCAACUAUGAGAUCGUAGGACCGACGGCACGCGAUUCAAUUCGACCGCCAUGGACAAGCGGUUCAAGUGGCCGCUCAAACAGCGGGCCAUCUACUCGGAUGCGCCCUAUCACCACAAUCCGUCGCGUGGCUACCAGAGGCAUCUGCACGGCGGUCAUCCCAAUCAGUCCCAGCACCCGCACCAGCAUCCCGGCAAGAGUUAUGCGCGCCAGCAGUACGGCUACAGCCAUGGCGGCGGCUACCGCAAACCAAUGCCGCCACCACCUCCGCCCGUGGCUCAGCCGCAGAUGGGGGGCGGGGCCAUGGCGCCACCCUCGUCCGGCGGAUCAGUGGGUGCCGGCGCCGAUAUGGUCACCCUCAUCGUGGAGAACAACAACCUGAAGCGUAUGAUAGUGCUCCAUUUGAAGUUGAUGCAGGAGCAGACGGAUAGUCUGGCGGCCAAGGACAAGGACCUGGACGAUCAGAGCGCCAGAAUGAGCGCGGUGCUGGCGCAGAAUCAGGAACUAAAGCAGGCAGUCGCCAAGCUGGAGGCCGCCAAUGAGGAUCUGCGCAAGCAACUGCGAAGGAAGAACCAGCGGCGAAACGAUGAUGACGACGACGACGAUGAUCACUCACUGCCACCUGCUGCCCCCCAGCAGAGACCGAUCCGCUGUCAUGCCGAGACGCAAACUGUGAUCAGGGAGCGGGAACAAUGCACUCAGACCAUAGAUGUCCAACCGCAACUGGCGGAGGUGCAGCCCAGGAGCCAGCAUGUGGAGGAAGUACCAGCGGUGACCCACCACGCUGGAGUGGUCACGAAUCUGCCAAGCAGCAAGCGCUCAGAGAGCAAAGGCCGCGGCGAGUUUAAUGGCAAAAAAGUGAGCACUUUUAUCCUGCAGCGCAUGAAUCAGGACUCCAAACAUCACAUCCAGGAGCAAACGGACCAGCCGGAAGAACAGGCGAUGCAGACGCAAGAGGAUCAGCUGCAGCAGGAGGACGACCAUCUUCGGGAGGAGGUUGAACUCCCGGGACAGGACGACCAACUUCGGGAGGAGGUUCUACUCCCGGGAGAGGACGACCAUCUUCGGGAGGAGGUUCUACUCCCGGGAGAGGACGACCAUCUUCGGGAGGAGGUUCUACUCCCGGGAGAGGACGACCAUCUUCGGGAGGAGGUUAUACUCCCGGGAGAGGACGACCAUCUUCGGGAGGAGGUUCAUCUACCUGAAGAGGACGACCAUCUACAAAUGCAAGAAGUGCAAACUGAAGAAGUCGUUGGGGGCGAUAUUUUCCACGAUGCUUUGGAAUCCAUUGAAAUGGAGGUGAUUACCGAGGAGAUGGUGGUAUUGGAAGAGCAUAUACAAACUGUAGAUGCUAACGGCCAUAUGGAGGAAGACGAUGAAGAAGAAGAAGAUCAGGAGAACUCGGAUGAAGAGGAAGAUAGUGAGGAGGACGAUGAAGACGACGAGGAUACUCAAUCGUUGGACUCUAAUUCAGAUGCACACUUUCGAACUGAGGACGAUCUCUGGCAGAAUCAGAUAAGCUCUAUGGAGUUGGACACGACGGAGGAGAAGGCCUUGGCGCCUUCGGCACACUCAACCCCCAAUCAUUUGCCGAAGUCUCUGCCACAUGCUGUGGUUAGGAAGGAGGAGCAACAGGACUGGAAGGCUGAAAAGCUGCUGCAACUGGAGCACGAUCAAAAAAUGGAAAAACAACUGGAUCAGGAACUAGACACCAGUGGCCAAAUGGAGGUGGACAACGUCAAGAUCGUCUCAGAAAAAAAGAGAAUUGAGGAAGAAAAGAUAGCAGGAUGCGCAUUAAAAGCGCUGCUUCUCCUGCAGGAAGCGGCGAAGGAGAUGGAAAAGGGCAAGAAGGUGGCGGAAAUACGUAAGGAGCAGGAGAAGCUUCAAGAUGGAGCCACAGAAGAACUCAAAGCAAUAAAAAAGCCGCAGGAGGUUCCCAAGGCGGAGCUAAAACCGAAAGAUCCACCCAAGGAGCAUAAGCGACAGGAUCGUCAAGAGGAUGCUCGCGUGGAACAGCCGGAAGAGGUACGCGAGGAGCAGAAAGAAGUCCUUAAAGUGCAACCGGAGGAUGCACCCAAGCAGCUGUUAAAAGCGGUAGCACCCAAGGUAGCUGCUGUUCCAAGUCCAUCUGUAAGGGAAACUAAGUUGCCCAAGGCCAACACCGCUGACAUAAAAGCUUCCCCUGCUCAAAAAAGUAUAGCCAACCAUCAGUCCACCAAGACUCAAACUGAUCCCGUAAAAAAACGGAGUUUGCAAGUUAAAAUCAGGCAGUACGAGAUGUUCUCUGGCAUUAGGAGUAGCUCAUCCGCCCAGUUCGAUGCACGAAAACACAAGAAGAUUGAUCAGGACCCGGGGCCCGACACAAAGAUCACAAAACAAGCGUUGCUCAAUGAUAAAAGGAUCAUUUCGGAAAAGUCCCCGGACCAAGAUCAGGACAUAGACCACGUGGAGACCGUUAAACGCAAACUGCAGGAACAUUUGAAAAAGGAGCUGCUUAGCCAGAGUCAGCUGCCGCAGGUUGCGCUUAAAAAACCUAUCAAGGAGAGAACAGUCACAAACCUAAUCUAUCCACCACCCAGUGCACCAGUAUCCUCUACCACAAUAACCCCAGCGCCUACGCCGUCGACGACACCUACGCCCGGCUCUACGCCGCAGCCCACGCUCACAUCCUCGAUGGAACCGGAAAUUUCUGCGUCAAAAUCCAAAUCCAAGGCAGCUGAACAAAUAGCCACUCCUCUGACACCUCAGUCCAAUAGCAGUGUUAGCAGCAGCGCAUCAACAACCAGAAAACCCCUAAACAAUUGUUCACCCCACACGUACAGCAAGGCAACUGCGAGAUCGGGAAAAUCCAAGUCCAUAUUCCGCACCGCCACCUUUCCGUACACCACGAGAACGUGGGAGGAUCAGGAGUUUCACUGCGACAACGAGUUCUUCCUGGAAGAGGCCGACGAACUCCUGGCGGAUAAUCCUAGUCUGGAGAUACCUAAGUGGAAGGAUGUCCCAGUGCAGCCCAGUUCAAACAAAAGUAAAUUAGAACAACUGAGCGAUGCUGCAUUCGAGCGACGGCACCAAAAGUAUGUAAAGGAUGAGAUCGAUCGCAAGUGCCGGGAUGCACGUUACAUGAAAGAGCAAAUACGGCUCGAGGGGCUAAGGAUGCGUCGGAACCAAGACGAGGUGUUGGUUGCGCUGGAUCCGCUGCCCACGUCCACCUUCUACCCGCUGCCCGAGGACAUUGAAGGCAUUCAAUUCGUCAACGAGGUGACUGUUCAAGCCUUCGGCGAAAAUAUGGUCAACAUGGAGGCACGAGACGAUUUCGGCGUCGCCUGGGUGGACGCUGUCGAAGCGCCAACCUCCAUAGCAAGGUCCAAGGCAAUGGCUGAGCCGGUGGCAACGUUGGCCAGCAAAAAGCUGCCCACCACAGCCGCCGAGGCGAGGCAUCAAGAAAAUCACUCCUCCUACGUGUUUCCCAAGCGACGCAAGCGCCAGAAGAAUCGUUAGCCAGGACGCUUCUGGGAGAUCUGCUACGGAAGCUGAGCUAAUGAGUGGCGGUUGGGCUGAGGACGUUGCGUUUACCAUACUGAUGAUUUUCAUUUUCUAAUUUUUAAUUAUUUCAUAAGCGUAAAGUGAAUGCACCAGAGUUAACAGUAACGAAUCCCAGAGAUCGUCAAGAUGUCAUAUAAUCCAGAUCAGACGAUACUUCUUGUACAUAUGGUUCCACAUAUAUGUAUAUGACUUCUGGAACUUUUUAAAACUUGUUUUUAUUUUUGUAGAUCUAUCAAUUUGUAAAUUAUAAUCGCAUUAAUUCUGUAAAUGAUUAUUCAAACAAUUUAGAUUCUAUUGAAUAUUAAAUGGAAUUGUAAAAGUUUAUAUCAGUGCAGCUAAAGUAUUUUCCAAUUUUUUUUAAUGGUAUUUUCCGUCGCCUGGUCUGGAAAUGAUUAGUUUUAGUUACCGUCUUGCAAUCUGUUGAAAUUCUUAAGAGUUUCGCUCUAGCUUGUUUCAAAUUUACAUAUUUAGUCUCACAAAACAUUUAAUCUAUUCACUCGCUAAGUUAGAUCGGAUAAUCCAUCUCAGCUUUAUCCCCUUUAAGAUCGCCCGUACUGAAGUGAUAAUAACGAAACCGAAAGGAUAUAAUGUUCAAUGGGCUUUUUUGGCGAAACAUAAAGAAAUUUGUAGACUUCUAUUUUUAAAUAUUUUUUUCCUAGAUUUUAUUACAUUUUUUUUUUCUUUAUUUAUACUAUGUUAUGUCUUGAUGAUUUUCUAAUGCAGACAACGAGUGUGUUGCGAAGAGUUACUCAGGUAUAUCUCUGAUAAUAUCCUUUUUUGUGGGUUUGAUUGUAUGUAAAAAUUGUGUGUGAUGUUGUCUGCUUAGAGUCAUCAAAUUUUACAUUUAACGCAUUGUUUUAUUUUAUUAACUUCUUUUAACUUGUUUUAUGUUUUACCAAAAACAACCGUCGAAAAACACAAACAAGAAUUAAAAAAUAAAUAUAAACCUGAUUUCCAA